CUGACUGUGGACGUGGUUAAGGCCAUAACGAAAAAAGAGCAUCGCUUCUGUACCGGUAGUUAUGGAUUUACACGAACAGGGCACAAAAAGUAUCGCCUAUCAAAGUCAUCAUUUUGGUACGCUGAUGUGGAUUCUCCGUUGCCUGCGUUCUGCGAAAUCUUUGACGACACACCUCCCAUGGAACACAAAAAAAUAGGAAGAGGAAGUGUGCGAGAUAUUAAUAUAGCAGCUGUAAAAAGAGGAACAGCCACAUGUUAUUGCAAUACUUCAAUUAUAUGCGCUACCCAGAGAAACACAUUCAAGAACUAUUUUUCUAAGGCCGGUAGAACAGAAAAAAGAGUUUUGCGACGUUUCCUAAAAUUAGAUGUUCCUGAAGCGGUAGAUGAGUUGCAUAAAUUCAUGGCUACUAGUCUACCGAAAACCACGACCGAACCAACUCCGUCCACCGGAGCAGAAGCAGGCGAUGAGAGUGCAAAUCCAGAAGGUUUAAAUCAGGAAGGACAGCACUCAGCUGCGAAUGCGGCAUCAGACGAGUCCUACGAUGAUACGAGAAGCUCACCAAACAUGCUACUGAUUUUGGGACUGAUCGCUUUGGUCGUGCUAAUUAUCAUCGUCAUCAUUGCUCUUGUUCCGAUCUUGAUUAAAUAUCGCAAAAAGCGACGCAAGAGAUGGCUCGAAAAAACGUGGGAUCAACGUGUAAAGCAGGCAGGAGAAGAACUGGAAAAAGUGGAAAAAGAAAAGAAAGAGAAAGAAAAGAAGGAAGCAAAAAGUAAAGGAGAAAGUUCACAAGACUCGACUAUACCGACUCUUUCUGAUGGUGGAAGAGAUCCAUUUGGAGCAUUUGUAUCCAAAAUGGGGCAUCUGGAUGAGAAAGGCGCAGGGCUUUAA